UCAAAGGGUUCGGACGCGUUUUACGGAAAAAUUAUAAUUUACUAGAGCGGCCGGUUUUAUAUAAACACUAAACUUUUUUUUGCUAUUUUGUCGGUGAAAGGUUGCUAAAGUGUGGAAUUUGUACUAAUAACAUCAACGCUAACGUCAAAUAAUUUCUAUACCAGUGCAUUUUAUAAAAAAACAUACAUUUAAUAAUUCUAUUGUAAAACAGUGUGUGUGUUUUUCCAAAUGACUUUAAAGUCUGUUACUAUUCACGGUCAUAGAAUGUGGGGGCAUUUAUGGCAAAUUUUCACUUUUCUUGUAAUUGGAUUAUUAGCUGAUGUGGGAAAUUGUGAAUAUGGGGAAUUUGAAAAACUAGUAGUUCCCGGUAGUUAUGCCAAACCUGCGUCUACCGGUCCGCAAGGACGCUCCUACGGCCAGAGAGCUUAUUAUGACGCUAAUACUGAGUGUACAGUGGGUACUGAAUGUACACCACUACACGAUUGUACAGCCAUGAUUUACGAAGUAGCAAAAAUGUGCUAUUACGGUGAUAAAUCAUUGUUUUGUGGUGGUGGAGAGGAAAUGCCCUAUGUAUGUUGUCCCAGUAGUCCACUGGAGAAAAAUCAAGUUUGUGGCAAAUCCUUGGUGCAGGGACAUUUCUAUCGUGGUCUGGGCACCUAUCCAUUUGUGGCGAGGAUAGGAUUUAAACAUAUUAAUACCGGGGCCUUUGCUUAUCCCUGUGCUGGUUCGGUAAUAGCCAGAAGAGUUAUAUUGACAGCUGCCCACUGUGCUUUAGCCACAGAUGGUCAUAGAUUAUCCUCUGUACGUGUCGGCGAAUAUGAUACCUCUUCCGAUCCCGAUUGCGCCACUACCGGUUUUUGUGCACCACGAUCGGUCAAUCAUGCCAUAAGUCAUGUCAUUGUACAUCCCGAUUAUAAACAGGGUCAAUACCAUCACGAUAUUGCCUUGUUGGUGUUAAAAACACCUCUCAAUUAUUCUGUGGCCACACAACCUAUAUGUUUGCAAAAGACCCGUACAAAUUUGGUAGUGGGUAAACGUGCCACCAUAGCUGGCUGGGGUAAAAUGUCCACUUCAAGUAGCCGUCAACCGGAAAUGUCCUAUUUGGAUGUACCCCUUACCAGUUGGGAUUUGUGCUUGCGUAAUUAUGCCUCUACCGGAGCCUUGGAAUCGCCUAACUCUAUAGAGGGCCAAUGGAUGUGUGCUGGUGGUGAGGGUAAAGAUGUGUGCCAGGGUUUUGGUGGGGCUCCUUUGUUUAUUCAGGAAAAUGGUAUAUUUUCACAGAUAGGCAUCAUGUCCUUUGGUUCGGACAAUUGUGGUGGUUUGCGCAUACCUAGUGUUUAUACCUCGGUGGCUCAUUUUGCCGAAUGGAUACAUGAUAAUACUCCACCGGAAUAAUUACUUUAUUUGCAGUUGGACUCAUAAAGGACUUGAGUUACGAUCGGUUUUAAGUAUUUUUUAUAAGAUGUUUUAAAUUAGUUAAAGGAAUUCACAGUUUGCGCAGCUUUAAUUAAAAUUUUUCGAAUAUUAAAAAUAAAGCUUCUUUCUUUACUCCAAUGGACGCUUUAAUCGUGGAUCGCGAUCUAUUUCAAUUUUAGCUUUAAUACCAGAUCGUCAUUUUUCAGCGCCAAAUAUCUCUAAAAUUGUGGAUUAUAACUUCAAAAAAAAACUGUGAAUUCCUAAAAAAACAUAUUCCGUACAAAUCGGUAGUUGAUCAAAAUGUUUAAAUGUGAUUAGUUUUCAGAAUUAUUUAUUGAAAUCCUAAGAUUUUACACAGUAUAUUAGUUAUAUAGAAAUAAAAUUAAGAUUUAAAAUAAAAAUAAAAUAUUAAAAUUUAAAAAAUAACAAUGGUACACCAAAAAAAAAUAUUAUUCGGUCCUGCAAAGUGUAAUAUUUCCAAAAUUUUUUAA